GGCUGCGGGCAGGCUCUCCCCAUGGGCUGGGACGGCCGCCAGGGCCUGCGCUAAGGACAAGGUGCUCCCGGCUCUGCCCCCCGAUGACCCUGCGCUCCUCGGCCCAAUCCUCGGAUGGAACCGAGCGGACUGGGGGGGCUGCGGCCGAGCCCGCCGAGGCGGACCGCCUGGACGCUGCCAUGCGGGAGCUGAGACGCUCAGGAUGGUACUGGGGUAACAUGAGUGUUGCAGAAGCCAAAGAAAGAUUACAAGAUACUUCUGAAGGGACUUUCUUGGUCAGAGACAGCUCACACUCAGAGUAUCUGCUUACUAUUUCAGUCAAAACAUCAGCGGGACCGACCAAUCUACGUAUAGAAUUUCAAGAUGGGAAAUUCAGACUGGAUUCUAUCAUCUGUGUCCGAUCAAGGCUCCGACAGUUCAACAGUGUGGUCCACCUGAUUGAAUACUAUGUUCUUAUGUGCCAGGACAGAAGUACUGCCACAGAGAUGCCUUGUAAUGGAACAGUUCAUCUUUAUUUGAAUAAACCCCUCUACCAUUCAGCCCCUUCUCUGCAGCACCGUUGUAGAAUAACUAUUAACGGGUACACAAAAGAGAUCCAGGAACUUCCCUUACCAACAAGACUAAAAGAAUACUUGAAAGAUUAUCAAUAUCAGGUAUAAAUAUAUCUUCUGCUCUGUCACCAGAAAACCUAUGUUAUGAUUUUGAUGAAAGCCCUGAGCAUUCUGCGGCAGAAAAGUGUCAUGUAAGUUGCUGUCAAAAUGCUAAUUAUGAUAGUCUAUGGAAGAGGGGAAGAACACAUAGUGUUCCACAAUCAAAGCACAAGUUCACAGUAAUGUUGGUGUUUCUUCAGAAAGAUCAGUCUCUGAGCCAGUUGAGAAAACUGCCUGGGAAGACAUACUGCAGGAAAGUAGGCUGUGGCAGAGAAUAUCACCUAUUUUGUUCUUAAUAUAGGUCCUUCUGCCCUCUGCUCCCUACUUAACAUGUUCUUGAGUCAAACCUGCCACAAUCAAAUUUAGUUGGGACUUGACAAGUUGAAAUAGGUUUGCAUUCUCAGUACCAAUAGAUUUUCAUGUUCAAAGACUAAGUUGGAAUGUUUUGUUAGUGAUGUGGCUGCCCUUGAAGAUCACUUCUGUGUGGCUGUAGUGGUGGAAGCAACAGGUCUUUCCACUCAUUUUUGGUAAUGUAAGAGGCAUUUUCUAAUGAGUCCACAAGGGUUGUGCAGUUGUAUUCUAUGAAGAAAUUACACAAGCAGCCACUACAGUAGCUGGAUGGAGGUCCUUUCCAACUCUAUGAUUCUAUGGGAGGGAGAAUGCAUGUUUGUCCAGUGGCUAGAUAACGUGCUUUGAGUACCAUGAAAGUACAAUAUCUGUGUGCAAAUCCAGUGUUCUUCAGUUUUACUAAAACAGAGAAAAAUAGGUGAUGAUAGGCAUCUGAAUUCUGUGCAUCACAACAGACCACAGAUCUCAGGACAUGAAUCUUCAGGUAGUACACAUUCUAGCAUAGGAGAGGUUGUUGAUGGUUGCUAGGGAAUGGGCUGACUGCUAGAUUUUAGAUAUAUUUGGUGCUCUCUUUUGAUGCAUUUUUCAAUUUGUAUUUCAAUUUUUCAACAGAUAUAUAACUAGCUCAUUUUUCUUUAUAGUAUAACGUCAUGCCACCUUAGAAGAUGUUCUUUAUUUCACAAUAUUGUUUCAGAGUGUCCUUUUUUGAAAAUUUCAUUGAGUAACUCUGUUUGAGUGUAGGCCCUUAUUCAUAUUUACUAAGAAGUGUGUUUAAGAUUGCUGUCCCAUUGGACAAUCCAUGUGGCUGACUUCUAAGCAGAUAUGUUUAGGAUCAGGUUGUGAGACAUCUAGAUACAUUGAACUGGAGAAUGAACAAGCUUUGGUCUCUUUACACUGAGCCAUGAUUAUCUCCCUUCUAUGCAUAGUACUGUACUACAUAUAGUAAUCCAGUAAAAGGAAUCUUGUUCCAAAAGAAAUUCAGAACUGGGUUGCAGAAAGAAGCACUUCACUAUCUUUUAUGAAGGCCCAGUGGGUCUUUUGUACACUAGGAUGAUAUAUCAACAUAUUUAGCUUGAGUACCAAAAGCAUCCUCUUUAUUCUAGGUCCAAAUUAUUGCCUAUAAUAAGCCUCCCUUGAGUGAGGCUAUAUAAAUUCCUAGACUGCAGUCUUGCAGUUGUGGUUACCAUUCCAUGCCUGAACGUGGAUAGGGGCAAUUAUGACUACUUUCUACAAUGUAGAAUUUUUUCCUUAUUUCCUUGAAAUGCAAGUGAGUUUGCCUGUUUUAAAGAUUGUGUGUUCACAGCUGUAGCUGUCUGAUUUCAGAUUAUAUUCAAUAAAGUGGAUGUAAUUGCAGAAA